CUGCACACCCGGACUGCACUGACAUCCUCCUAGUUCCAGCUCCUGCUUUCAAAGUACAGCACGAGUGAUACAGCGUGAAGAUGGCAGCUGGAUCUAGAGCCGUAACAGCAGAGGAAAUCUCCAGAAAUAUACAGACAAACAGAAAUAUUACUAUUUCAAUUGAAAACAACUCUGAUUUCUCUCUUACAAACCCAAGGAUUUACACUUUCAGUGGAUAUAAUUUAGAUCCUCCUCAGCCAACCAUCAAAAAAGAAACCACGGCCGUGUGUUCCUUCAGCAAAACAUGGGAUACAGCAUGUGGAAGUGUGGGCGUCUUAACCUACGAUGUCUUCAACAACAAUAAUGCUGUCGAAUGCAUUGCCAUGAUGUUUUCUGUACCAUUUGAUUACAAUUUGUAUGAAAACUGGUUCGCUAUAGGGUCCUUUAGUGUAGGAACGUACUGUGAUAAUGCCCUAUACAAUCGAAUGUAUCACAAGGGGGAGGAUGGUUUCAGCAGAAAAAAAGCAACACAUGGGUUCAUAGAGUUUACUGGGAAAGCUGUUGAAAUCAAAGCCACAAUGUCUCCCAUCGGCAGGUCAAUAAUGAAAAUUGAAGUGUGGAACAAACCUUUAUGUGCAGUGCAGCAGUGUGGAGUAGUGGUUAGCGCUCUGGUCUCUUGACCAGAGGGUUGUGGGUUCAAUCCCCAGUGGGGG